AUGAGUGCAUCAAGUGAAAAAGAAGAAGAAGAUAAAGAGGAUAAAAAAUGGACGAUCCUUCCGUAUCUUCAGGGUACAACAGAACGCAUUAGCAGGAUCCUGGGUAAACACAAUAUCAAAGUAAUUUCUAAACCUCAAAAUAAGAUUGCGAAAAUAAGAAGAACUAUUUCUAAUCCCAAGGACCGGAGACCACACUUAGAAACACCAGGUGUAUACAGGAUUCCUUGCUCCUGCGGAAAAGUGUACAUAGGAGAAAUUGGGAGAAAAAUCAGUACACAAAUUAAGGAACACCAACGGAGUGCCAGGUACUGCCAUUUUAGUCAAUCAGCCUUGGCAGAACAUUGGAUGGAGACGGGACACUCGGUACAAUACGACAAAGCAACCAGACUAGCCCCCUCGCAAAGUUAUUUCGCCAGAAAACAUCGUGAAGCCCUAGAAAUUCUGAAACAUCCCGACAACUUCAACCGCGACAAAGGUUAUCAAACAAAUCCUAUUUGGCACACUGCCCUUAAUAUACAUUCACACCACUAG